AUGGGGGACCGCGGCGGCGCGGGCGGCUCCCGGCGGCGGAGGGCCGGGUCGCGGCCGUCCAGCCUGGGCGGCGGGCCCGCGGCGGCGGAAGAGGAGGCGCGGGACGCGGGCGCCGCGGGGGACGCCCCGGCCCCGGCCAAGGACAAGGACGGCGACGCCGACGCCGACGCGGGCAGCGGCCCCUGGGACCUGAGGUGCCACCGCCUGCAGGACUCUCUGUUCAGCUCUGACAGUGGCUUCAGCAACUACCGGGGUGUCCUGAACUGGUGUGUGGUGAUGCUGAUCUUAAGCAACGCACGGCUGUUUUUAGAGAACCUCAUCAAGUACGGCGUCUUGGUGGACCCCAUCCAGGUGGUGUCUCUGUUCUUGAAGGACCCCUACAGCUGGCCCGCGCUCUGCCUGAUUAUCGUGGCCAAUGUCUUCGCCGUGGCUGCCUUCCAGGUGGAGCGGAGGCUGGCCGCCGGUGCCCUGUCGGAGCAGGCAGGGCUGCUGCUGCACAUGGCCAACCUGCUCACCAUCCUCUGCUUGCCGGCGGCCGUGGCCUUCCUGCUUGAGUCCAUCACUCCAGUGGGCUCCGUGCUGGCCCUGACGGUGUACACCAUCCUGUUCCUGAAGCUCUUCUCCUACCGGGACGUCAACCUGUGGUGCCGCCAGCACAGGGCCCGGGUCAAGGCCAAGGCUGCUGCUGCAGGCAAGAAGGCCAACGGCGGAGCAGCGCAGCGCACCGUGAGCUACCCGGACAACCUGACCUACCGCGAUCUGUACUACUUCCUCUUCGCCCCCACGCUGUGCUACGAGCUCAACUUUCCCCGCUCCCCCCGCAUCCGCAAGCGCUUCCUGCUGCGGAGGCUCCUUGAGAUGCUGUUCUUCACUCAGCUCCAGGUGGGGCUGAUCCAGCAGUGGAUGGUCCCCACCAUCCAGAACUCCAUGAAGCCCUUCAAGGACAUGGACUACUCCCGCAUGGUGGAGCGCCUGCUGAAGCUGGCGAUCCCCAACCACCUCAUCUGGCUCAUCUUCUUCUACUGGCUGUUCCACUCCUGCCUCAACGCCGUGGCCGAGCUCAUGCAGUUUGGAGACCGCGAGUUCUACCGUGACUGGUGGAACUCCGAGUCGGUCCCCUACUUCUGGCAGAACUGGAACAUCCCGGUGCACAAGUGGUGCUCCAGGCACUUCUACAAGCCCAUGCUCCGCCGGGGCAGCAGCAAGUGGCUGGCCAGGAUGGGCGUGUUCCUGGCUUCGGCCUUCUUCCACGAGUACCUGGUGAGCGUCCCGCUGCGCAUGUUCCGCCUCUGGGCCUUCACGGGCAUGAUGGCGCAGAUCCCGCUGGCCUGGAUCGUGGGCCGCUUCCUGCGCGGCAACUACGGCAACGCGGCCGUGUGGCUGUCGCUCAUCAUCGGGCAGCCGGUGGCCGUGCUCAUGUACGUGCACGACUACUACGUGCUGCACCACGAGGCCCCCGCGGCGGGCGCCUGAGGCCGGGCUGCCCUCCCGCCCCUAUGGGGCCCUCCUGCCCCUCGGGCAAGACCAGGCCCAGGGCUGCGCAAGGUGCCAGCGCCCGGGCUGCCCCGCCCAAGGGACCGCGGCUGUCAAUAAAGUGCUGUCCAGUGACCUCCGCGGCCUGCUGGGGUUCAGGGCUGGUGGGGGCCCCCACACCCUACCCCACCCCAUGUAGGGCACACAGGGCUGUGAGGCAGCUGUUCCCUGGGGCUAGAAAGCCCCUUUCCUCUGGCUCUCCCUGCCCCCCCCCACCCCCUCAGGCUGUCCCCUGGCAGGGUGGGUGUGGGUGGUCAUGGGGCCCCUCACCUGGCCAGAAAACCCCCGCUACCCUGUCCCUCAGGCCACGGCGGGCAGGCAGGCCUGGAAGUCUCCAUAGAAGGGU